AUGUCACAGGGCUUCAGCUUCCGGAAGCUGUGGGCUUUCACCGGCCCUGGUUUCCUGAUGAGCAUUGCCUAUUUAGACCCGGGCAAUAUCGAGUCGGAUCUACAAAGUGGUGCAAUUGCCAAGUUUCAGUUGCUUUGGCUAUUGCUUGCCGCGACCUUGAUGGGAUUGUUCAUGCAACGACUGGCUGCCCGACUAGGUGUGGUCACUGGUAAGCACUUGGCUGAGAUGUGUUACGAUGAAUACCCCAAACCGGCUCGUAUUCUGCUAUGGAUUAUGGUUGAAGUAGCCAUUAUCGGCUCAGACAUGCAGGAAGUGAUCGGUACCGCGAUCGCGAUCAAUUUGCUCAGCGCAGGCUACGUUCCGUUAUGGGCUGGUGCACUGAUCACCAUUGCUGAUACGUUCACGUUCCUUUUCCUGGAUAAAUAUGGCCUGAGAAAGUUGGAACUGUUUUUCGGCUUGCUGAUCACUACCAUGGCUCUCACGUUUGGUUACGAAUAUGUCGUGGUCAAACCUUCUCAACUUGAAGUCCUACGUGGCAUGUUUGUGCCUUCAUGUCACAAUUGUGGCUGGCCGGAGCUCCAGCAAGCUGUCGGAAUCGUGGGUGCGGUUGUCAUGCCACACAAUUUUUAUCUUCAUUCUGCAUUGGUCAAUUCUCGUGAGAUCGAUCGGACGCACCGACACAAGAUUCGCGAAGCCAAUAUGUAUUUUUUCAUCGAAUCCGCUAUUGCCUUACUCGUCUCGCUCAUCAUCAAUGUUUUUGUGGUCUCCGUGUUCGGUGCGGGAUUCUACGGGAAGAACACUACUGAAGUGGUACGUUUGUCUCUCUCUUCGUUUCACAUUCGUCCUAAGCAAUUCACACUCAGUAAUAAGCACUAUCAAGACCAGUGCUAUUUGCAAACUGCUCCGCUCGGGACAACCAAUUUCGAUCCGGCUGAUGUUGAUCUGUACACGGGAAAUGAUCUCCGAGGGGACCUGCGAACCCUGGGUUCACCAGCGAUUCCAGUCCCGUUUUCCUCUGUGCUGAGCCUGCGGCGGUCUCCUGCAGUGGGAAUUUUGGCCGCCGGUCAGUCCUCCACAAUGACCGGAACUUAUUCCGGUCAGUUCGCGAUGGAAGGAUUUUUGAAUUUGAAAUGGAAACGCUGGCAACGGGUGCUGGUCACUCGCUCGAUUGCAAUCUGUCCCACAUUGCUGGUCACUGUUUUCCGAGGAAUCGAGGAUCUAACCGGGAUGAACGACUUUCUCAAUGUUCUAAUGAGUAUUCAACUUCCUUUCGCCAUCAUACCACUUUUGACGUUUACCAGUUGCAAGUCGGUCAUGGCUGAGUUCACCAAUUCCAUCCCAAUGACCAUCCUCGCCAACCUGCUUUCCUGCACUGUGAUCGCCACUAACCUAUUCCUUGCCUCGGUGGUUGUUCGAGCACGAUUACCGUCUCACUGGGCCAUCUAUUUGUCUAUUGCCCUUCUAGUCCUCGCCUAUCUCUCCUUUAUUGGUUACCUGGUGAGUCCGAUAUGCGAUAUACCAUUUUGA